AUGCCAAACUGCUACUGGCGAAUCAAGAGGCUGUUCAGGAGGAAAAAGACGUCGCGGUCGUUCUCUCCGUCUCUCUCGCCAUACAAUCCAGGUUCGUUUCAGCCGGAUUCAGACCAUGAAAGCUAUGGUGUACAGCGGAAACCACUUCCCCUCGUUCCAAAUCAUCCAGACAGUUAUCAUAGGCCUGCUGAACUGGAAGUAUUUCGAAGGGACGCUUAUGCGACGGCUGUCCCCAGAAACCAACAGCCUUACCCCGCCCAGCAGUAUGCUGAACAGCAACGCCUGGCUGAAGAAGCGCGAUUAGCUCAGGUAUUACAGGAAAACGAAGCUGCCGCAAAGCUAAAGGCGCGUGUCGAUGCAGAGAAACGAGAAAAAAGGCUGAGGAAGCGUGCCGAUGCAGAGAGACGAAGUAAGCUGGAAAAGGAACACAAUGCUUCCGCGGAAAACAUUCGAAGAUUGCGAGAACUAAUACGCGAACGAUAUGCCCUGGACAUAGAUAUCUGGCAAAAGCGCAAUGUUCAACGAGCCAAUCGUAAGAUGAUUGUACCAAGAUGUGAGAAAGCUGAUGCCAUUCUGUUGGAGAUACGUCGGAUUGUCGAUACAUGGGAUAGGAGUCUCUUCAACGACCAGGAGUGGGAUAUGGUCAACAGAAUCAAGGCCGCUCUGUGCACGAAAGAGUUGGAGAAUGGCGACUCGAAUGAGCCUGCAAUCUGGGGCGAUCUCCCGCCAUGGGAUCGUCGCGAUCAGGAUGAGGCAAUGACACGUCGCCAGGUUUUUUGA